GAGGAGGAGACUUCUGACAAUAUCCGGUUCAUGGUAGUUUCCUUCCUCGUACAGCGCAUUGCGUCUCCGUUGGUUUUGUUUUAUUACAAAUUCUCCCGAACAUCAAUUUUGUGAAGAAGUAGUUUUCAUAUUCGGUUGAAGAGGGAGACAUCAGCAGACCGCAAAGAUGCCGCGAAUUAUGAUAAAGGGUGGCGUUUGGCGCAACACUGAGGAUGAGAUCCUCAAGGCAGCGGUGAUGAAAUAUGGGAAGAACCAGUGGUCUCGUAUCGCCUCCCUGCUUCACCGCAAAUCUGCCAAACAGUGUAAAGCCAGAUGGUACGAGUGGUUGGACCCCAGUAUCAAAAAAACAGAGUGGUCCAGAGAAGAGGAGGAGAAGUUGCUUCACUUGGCCAAGCUGAUGCCGACUCAGUGGAGGACCAUUGCUCCCAUCAUUGGGCGCACUGCUGCCCAGUGUCUAGAGCACUAUGAAUACCUGCUAGAUAAAGCAGCACAGAGAGACAACGAGGAAGAGGUGGGAGAUGACCCCAGGAAGCUGAAACCAGGAGAGAUCGACCCAAACCCUGAGACUAAACCUGCCAGACCUGACCCCGUGGACAUGGAUGAAGAUGAGCUGGAGAUGUUGUCAGAAGCCAGAGCUCGUCUGGCCAACACGCAGGGCAAAAAAGCCAAGAGGAAGGCCAGAGAGAAACAGCUGGAGGAAGCCAGGCGCCUGGCUGCUCUGCAGAAACGCAGAGAGCUGAGAGCAGCAGGAAUCCACGUUCAGAAGAAGAGAAAGAAGAAGAGAGGAGUGGACUACAAUGCUGAAAUCCCCUUUGAAAAGAAACCUGCACCAGGUUUCUAUGACACCAGCAUGGAGCAGUACGAUGCCCUGGAGCCACACUUUAAACGACUCAGGCAGCAGCACUUGGACGGGGAGCUACGCAACGAGUCUGAGGAGAGGGACCGAAAGAAAGAUAAACAGAAGAUGAAGAAGAAGAAAGAGAGCGAUCUGCCAUCAGCUAUCCUGCAGACUAGCGGAGUGGCAGAGUUCACCAAGAAGCGCUCCAAACUGGUGUUACCCGCCCCACAGAUCAGUGAUGCGGAGUUAGAGGAGGUCGUGAAACUGGGAGUGGCAAGUGAGGUCGCCCGCCAGGCUGCUGAGGAAAGCGAAGGUGGGAACUCUGCUUCCUCCACCCUCCUGUCUGAGUACAGCAUCACCAACAACAUGACAACUGGACUACGAACCCCACGCACCCCUGCUGCACAGGACAGGAUCCUGCAGGAAGCCCAGAACCUGAUGGCUCUGACCAACAUAGACACGCCGCUGAAGGGCGGUCUCAACACCCCGCUGCACGAGAGUGACUUCAGCGGCGUGACGCCUCAGAGGCAGCAGGUCCAAACACCAAACACUGUUCUCAGUACACCGUUCAGAACUCCUGGACCCGGUCAGGCCUCAGAUGGGAUGACGCCUCUAGCUGGGGGUGGGAUGACUCCACGUGGUACUCCAGGUUUGACGCCCGGCCGGACGCCGCUGAGAGACAAACUCAACAUAAACACCGAGGAGCAACUGGCUGACUCAACAUUCACCAAACAUCUACACAAGGAAAGCCUGCAGCAGCUAAGGCAAGGGCUGAUGUCACUUCCUGUCCCUAAGAACGACUUUGAAAUUGUUCUUCCUGAAAACGCAGAAAAAGAACUUGAAGAAACGGAGAUGGAGACGGGAUAUAUCGAGGACUCUGCAGAUGUGGAGGCACGCAAACAGGCUCAGCGGGAUGCAGAACGGGAGAAGGAGCUGAAGCUACGGCACACGGCAGUACAGAGGAGUCUCCCCAGACCUACUGAGGUAAAUGAGUCUGUCCUCCGUCCCGCCUCCAUGGAGCCACUCUCUGACCUCCAGAUCGCAGAGGAGCUCAUCAAACAGGAAAUGAUCACCAUGCUGCACCACGACUGCCUCCACCAUCCAUCAGUCAACAUGGCCAAUCAGCUGCAGCGUGGUAAAACCAAAGGCCCCACGUCUACGUCCAACAACGCCUCACACAUCUCCUACCUGGAAACCCACUCCUACAAGCCAGUCAGCACAGAGGAGAUGGAGCAGGCAACGGCCAUCCUGGCAGCGGAAAUGGACGUGGUGAAAGCAGGAAUGGGUCAUGGUGAUCUCAGCUUGGAGGCCUACACUCAGGUGUGGGAGGAGUGCUAUGGGCAGGUGUUGUACCUACCUGGUCAGAGCAGGUACACCAGAGCCAACCUGGCUUCAAAGAAAGAUCGAAUUGAAAGUCUGGAGAAAAAACUAGAGGUGAACCGUGGUCACAUGACAGCUGAAGCUCGGCGAGCGGCUAAACUAGAGAAGAAACUGAAGAUCCUGCUGGGAGGUUUUCAGUCCAGAGCCCUGGGCCUCCUGAAGCAGCACAAUGAGCUUUACGAACAGGUGGAGCAGGCAGCCACGGAGCUCCAGACCUUCAGUCAACUGAAAAAACAAGAGGACCUCGCCAUUCCCAGGAGACAGGAGGCUUUGCGGGAAGAUGUGGAGAGGCAGAUGGAGAGAGAGCGAGAACUCCAGCAGCGAUACGGAGAGCUCCUGAUGGAGAGGGAGUCGCUGCUCAACAGUACGCAGAAAUUCUGAGUAACGCAUCGAUAGAUUCAUUAAUUCAUGACUCAAAACAAUGCUUCCUCUUAAACCUGCUGUAACCAUCUGACUGUAUCCCAGUGGAAAUCCUUGCCUCUGUGUGCUAAUUUUGCCGUGAUGUGUCAGCAGCUGAGAUUUGAGCGUGUUCAGUAGUCCUUGCUUCUGUACUAGUGACCAAUAAAGUUUUUCAACAAUAAAACCAA